AUGGUUGCCGAAACCAAGCUCUACGACGCCUUGAGCGUCAAGCCCGAUGCCACACAAGAUCAGAUUAAGAAAGCAUACCACAAGGCAGCAUUGAAGCAUCACCCAGACAAGAACAAAGAUAACCCCAAUGCCGCUGAUAAAUUCAAAGAAGUAUCGCAAGCGUACGAAGUCCUAUCCGAUCCCGAAAAGCGCAAGGUCUACGACCAGUUCGGCCUCGAGUACCUGAUGCGCGGCGGCCCCGCACCGCCACCACCAGGGGGAGGCGGAGGCGGAGCCGGCGGCAUGCCCGGAGGAUUCAACUUCGGCGGCAUGCCUGGCGGUGGUAUGCCUGGCGGCGGAGCCCGAAAGUUCCACUUCUCGACUGGCCCUGGCGGCGGUGGCGGAUUCAGUUUCAGCAAUGCUGAUGACAUCUUCCGCAACUUCGCCAAGGCCGGCGGGGGCGGGGGCGGCGGCAUGGGUGGUAUGGACAUGGACGACGAAGAUCUCAUCUCCAUGCUUGGAGGAGGACUGGGCGGCGGCGGCGGCGGCGCCGGCUUCCGUAGCAGCCGUCCAGGAUAUGCUAAACCGAAGCGUGCACCUACACCUGAGCCGACUAUCAUCGAGAAAGACCUGCCCCUAACCUUGGAGGAAAUUUACACUGGUACCUCUAAGAAGGUCAAGACAAAGAGCAAGGCCUUCGACAAGAUGGGUAAGCUCACUACCAAGGAGGUGACCUUGGAAGCCAACAUCAAACCUGGGCUGCGCGCUGGCUCGAAGAUCAAGUACCGAAAUAUUGGGGAUCAGGAAGAAGGGGGACGACAGGAUGUCCAUCUGAUCGUAAAAGAGAUCGACCAUCCUACUUUCAAGCGUUCUGGCGACAAUCUUAUCACAACGGUCGAUCUCAGUCUGAAGGAAGCACUGACAGGCUGGGAUCGCAUUGUCCGCACGAUCGAUGGAAAGUCAAUUCGCGUGUCUAAGCCCGGUCCAACCCAACCCGGCCGUGAAGAGCGCUACCCCGGGCUAGGCAUGGUGAGCUCCAAAAACCCCAGCGAGCGCGGCGACUUGGUUGUUCGAGCCAACGUCACCUUCCCUACGAGCUUGACUGCCUCCCAAAAAGACAUUCUCCGGGAUGUGCUGCCUUGA